UGUGUGAGUACAACUUUUUGGAGUCAACAGCGCUAAAGAGAGUGAGGAGGCGGAUCCCUGCUGAGCUGCUGCGCUGAACGACAGCCAAUCGCUUCGUUCUCCUAACUGCCAGUCACCGAAAUCCGUCCAAUACCCGCAGUGCCAUUUCUAAACUGUAUUCCCCACUGUGUCCUCCAACUGUUGUAUGUUCUGCCAAUCGCUUGAGGACAGAGUGGUUGGGAAGGGGGAGCAAGCAGAGUUAGAAGCCGGACAAAAAGAACUUUAUAUAUAUACACCCUUUAUAUAUACAUAUUUUUUCCUAAUGUUUUAGAGAAGGGUGGUGAAAAAACAAUUGAGCAGAGUGCGCAUGGACUUGUCAGUGUAGUUAUCAUGGAACCCCCUUUAAACAAGAGGAAUCCGGCGAUAAGAUUAGCGGAUUUGGCAGCGACUCAACCCCUUCCUCAUCAGAAUAUGACAGGCUUCCCGGGGCUAGGGGGGCAUCACCCUCUCUCCCACCAUGCCCACCACCACCUCCACCCUGGGGAGCUGGGCAACGACCCCGGAGUGGCACUCACUCCAUUUGGACCCGAGCACAUGGCACAGACAAAUGCUCUCAAACUUAGCCCAUCAUCUCAGCACAUUCAGAGCCACCACGAAGCCACCCAGACCGCGGCACCUUUCACUUCUUCUGCUGCCGCUGCCGCUGCUGCUGCUGCUCAGACCACAGUUGGUUUCCACCCCCACUCAGGCUACUCCUCGAGCAGCAGGGACUUCAUCCUCAGGAGAGAGCUCUCAGCCUCUGCUAUGCAUGCACUUGGCGACCAGCAUAGUUCCGCCUCCUCCCCUCAUCACCAUGGCAUGUUCAUCUCCCCAACAGGUGCUUAUGGCCACGCGGAAAGUGCAGGGGCCCAUUCACUUUUUACUGGACUCCACGAGCAGGUGUCCCCAGGUGGUGGUGCCCAUCACCACCACCACCAUCAUCAUGCCCUCAACGGGCAGAUGCGCCUGGGUAUACCGGGGGACAUCUACGGCAGGCCGGAGCACUUCGGGCACAGGCCGGAGCACUAUGGAGCCUCUUCUCUCCACAGCUACAACUCCAUGAACCUCAAUGUGAACAUCGCUUCUGCUCCUCACGGAGCGGCGGGGGCGUUUUUGAGAUACAUGCGGCAGCCCAUAAAGCAAGAGCUGAUCUGCAAGUGGAUCGACCAGGAGCUGAGUCAAAAGAAGCCCUGCUCCAAGACUUACAGCACCAUGCACGAGUUGGUGAACCACGUCACGGUGGAGCACGUUGGAGGACCGGAGCAGAGCUCGCACGUCUGUUUUUGGGAGGAAUGUCCGCGCGAAGGAAAGGCGUUCAAAGCGAAGUACAAACUGAUCAAUCACAUCCGAGUUCACACGGGAGAAAAGCCCUUCCCGUGUCCUUUCCCGGGCUGUGGGAAAGUGUUUGCCAGAUCGGAGAAUUUAAAGAUUCACAAGAGGACGCACACAGGAGAGAAACCUUUCAAGUGCGAGUUCGAAGGCUGCGACCGAAAAUUCGCCAACAGCAGCGACCGGAAGAAGCACUCCCACGUCCACACCAGCGACAAGCCUUACUACUGCAAGGUGCGCGGCUGCGACAAGUCCUACACGCACCCGAGCUCUCUGCGGAAGCACAUGAAGGUGCACUGCAAGUCUCCUCCGCCUCCUUCCUCCUCCACCAACAACAACAACAACAACGUCCCGUACAUUUCCUCCACGAACCCACUCGGAGACCCUCUCUCUCCAAACUCCUCCGAGACGCACAUCAGGAACCGCUCCUCCAACCUCUCCCCUCAGGUCACCAACCUCAACGAGUGGUACGUGUGCCAGGGGAGUGGUGGGCCAAACCACCUCCACACCCCCUCCAGCGACCUGCCCACGUCAGACUCGGACGAGGACUCUUUCAGAAACUCAGACCCGAGGACAAUGCUCUGAUGCUCUCCAUGUUUACAAUACAAACCACGUGACUGUCACACUUUGUCAUCCAGUUGAGCCGUGAAAGUGAAAGAAGUGCCAUGCUGGCCCCUAAGGAUAUUGAUCUGUUAUUUCCACUGUAGUUGUGGUAUUAAUAAACGACUGUGCUCUAACGCAGGUAAUUCAGUAUUAUUGCGGAUGCAAUGCAGGCCUAUACACAAGGAAGGAUUUCUCUCUGAGGUGACCCCUGACCUUUCCUCAAAUGUAGAUCAAAACUGUCCAAAAUAAAACAUUUGACAGACAUUAGCAAUUAUUAUUUUUUAAAAAGGACCUAACAUUUUAAAAUGAGCAAAUUCCUGAAUAGAACUUUUCAAUAAUUAUUAUUAUUAUUAUUAUUAUUAUUAUUAUUUUACAAGAGCAAUAUGCAGGGUUUAAUUAACUGUAUGGCUAUUAUUGCGGAUGCAAUGCAGGCCCUACCCAAGGAAGAAUUUCUCUGAGGUGACCCCUGAACUUUCUUCAAAUGUAGAUCAAAAAUUGUCAAAAUAAAACAUUUGACAGACAUUAGCAAUUAUUAUUUUUAAAGAAGGACCAAACAUUUUAAAACGAGCCAAUUCCUGAAUAGAACUUUUCAACAAUUAUUAUUAUUAUUAUUUUUUAUAUUUCCACUGUAAUUGUGGUAUUAAAACAACUGUGUUAAACGCAGAUCAUUCACUAUUAUUGCAGAUGCAAUGCAGGCCUAUACACAAGGAGGAAUUUCUCUGAGGUGACCCUUGACCUUUCUUAAAAAUGUAGAUCAAAACUGUCAAAAUAAAAACAUUUGACAGACAUUAUUAUUUUAAAAAGGACCAAACAUUUUAAAAUGAGCCAAUUUCUGAAUAGAACUUUUCAACAAUUAUUAUUAUUAUUAUUAUUAUUAUUGUUAUUUACAAGAGCAAUAUGCAGGGUUUAAUUAACUGCAUGGCUUAAGACUCAACUGGUGUGCUGAAAUGACAUGUUUCCUGUGACCUCCCAUCACCCCCCUUGCAGUUUAAUAACUCGCCUGCUAUCAAUCACUGUCAUAUUCCAGACAUUUAAGGAAAACAAAUGGUACCGCUUGUAGCAACAAAUGCUGACGGACAAAAAUCUAGAAGUUUUUUUUAUUUCAUGUGAUUUCUGUAAGAUGUGGUAAAAACUUUGAUAAACCAAUAAGGAAAAAAAAAGAAGAAAAAAAAGAGAGGAGGCAAACAUCUGAGUGUCUUAAGGGUUCUCAUUUUACCUUUUCAGAUUUAUACAAUACAUGUGUUUGGAUGGAAUUUUUGUAAUAUUUAAGAACUAUUUAAGACUAUAUUUUAUGCAAAAUACACAAGUGUUAUGCUCGUUAAAGAGUAAGUCCCUUGAGACCCUAAAUGUCUACACUGACAGGCUUUGGCCCUGUAGGAUUUGUAUAUAUGUAAUUGUACUGAUGCUUGUGAAUGUUGUGUAGUUUUAAUUACAAGAAGAAAAAAAAUGUUGUUUUGUACAUUGUAAUUUAUUUGCUGGUAUCAAUGUUGUACUGGAACUACAGGAACACCAAAGAAUAAUAAUAUCAGUUUUGGUGAUGCAUAGUACCCUGCUGAUGUUUUUCUUUUUUUUUCAAUUUCAUGUUAAUUUUCUGUUCACUUUUUUUAUUUUUUUAAAUUGUGUUCUGUAAAAGAAGAAACAUUUACUUGAAUAGGCUGUGUAAUGUGAAAAGUCCCUUUCUCGCAUGCCUUUUUGUAGUGAUCUGUCUUUCUCUUUGAGGUGCAUGGUGCCGUUGGACAUGAUGGAUAAAAGAAGAAAAAAAAAAAGAGAUGAAUCAGCUAUGAUUGUUGCAGAGCCUUGAUGUUCAAAAUUAAAUUUACAAAAUAAAUUUCAUGCUAAAAAAAUAAUAAUAAAAAAAACAGGUCAUA